CCCACUUGGACCCACAAGUUCGGAAAUUCCAUUUCAGGCUGCCCUCUCACUUCUCAGAAUCUUCCCCUAGUACAUUGUUUGAUGCUUGGGUAUCUAUUUGACGCGUGAUCGCUUCCGCGGACCACCACGCGUCUAUCAGGCACACGUGACAAAUCAUUGAUCCUCCACUGGUGGCUUGCUCCAAUGCCCCACCGUCUCCACAUCGCAGUGAUCCAUGACGGCCAAGCUUGCAUUCUUUCUCACGAUGUGGCUGUAAUAUAAAAGCUCUUUGCAGCCUUCAUAUUUCCUUUUCGCCUCUUCAAUUAUCUCAAACACGUUUUUAUCUUUGUCACAUCCUCCAGCUCGUUUACCUCUUGCCAUGACCGUCACCAACGAAUCUACAACACCUCAGGAAGUUAACCUAGAGGCUACGCGUAUUGCAGCCGAGUGCUCUCUUGAUUUAGGCGCCCUUGGGAAAAAUGAGGCCCGAAAAAUCAUGUCGCUGCAGCAUAAAGCUCUCGGAUACCGGCCACCGCCCGGUUCCUUGGCUUCCGAAGCCCAAGUUGCAGCUUCCAAGCAUCCUGAUGGCAUAUCCGCUUCACCGCCCGACACCGCGUCACUCCGUGAAGCUGCCCUCAAGGAUGCAGCUCGUAUCGAAAGCGAGCGAGGUCGUUCGGUGCCACUCAAAGUGGUUUCAUGCGGGAUUGAUUUGGAUCGAAUCGGACUAGCCGAGGCGCGUAAAUUAAUGUCGGAGGAGCACAAAGCCCUUGGCUAUCGUCCUCCGCCAGGUUCACUUGCUGCUGACGCUCAGGCAGCUGCCGCCAAACAUCCCGAGAUCAAGGACUACAACAUCGACCCUCAAAUUUUGACUCUGGCAGCCUUGAAAGACGCAGCGAGGAUAGCGUCGGAGCGAGGAGCCACCGGAGCUAAGUUUAAUACCAUAUUUGAUGGGCGAACUGAAGAGCCGCCUGAGUUGAAAUCCGGGGAUAAAGCAUCUCCUGAGGCCUGAUGCCUAUUCAUGAGUCGCUGUUCGAUGUGGACAGCGAUGUUGUUUAACACAUCACGGAUCAUGUACAACUUUGUCUGCAUUAUUAGGGAAGUUACUUUACAAGACCCUGGAACCAAGUUCUGGGUGGUACAUACCAAUAAUAUUUUCAUUCGUUUGAAG